GGUUGGUGGCUGGAGAACCCAGACUGUGAAGAGAGGAGGCACUGGCGCGCGCUCUUUGGUGCUGAAGGACGGCGCGGACAAGCGAUUGCUGCCAGCUGGAAUAAACCGGGCCAUGCUUUGAGAAAGAAACUGAUUCUCUAGGGAAGAUUUCAGAAUGACUGACACUCUUGAUGCUGUUCCAAACUUUGAAGAGAUGUUUGCCAAUCGAUUCACAGAAGAUGAUACAGAGUACCAAGAAUACCUGAAACGCCCCACAGACUCCCCUCCAGUUGUUGAAGAGUGGAACAGUGGAUCUAGUGGUAAUCAAAGAAACAGAGGCAAUAGGUUGCAAGAUAACAGACAAUUUCGAGGAAGGGAUGGCAGGCGGGGUUGGCCAAGUGACAACAGAUCUAAUCAGUGGCAUGGAAGACCCUGGGGUAAUAAUUAUCAGCAGCAUAGACAAGAACCUUAUUACCAUCAUCAGUAUGGAAAUUAUGGUUAUAAUCAACGGCCUCCUUAUGGCUACUAUUAAUAUAAAUGUUGACAUCUAUCAAGGAAAACCAAUACAUCCUCUUCUAACAUGUCAAAA